AUGGCGCUGCUGAAUCUGUUCAUAGUCGUCAGUGCCUCGUUCCUCGUCCUGGCCAAAGUCAGUGGCAGCGGAGCAUCACAACAGCCAACCUACGGAAUAAAAUUUGGGACCGAUGGCAAAUGUCUCGCCGAGGUCAAUGCUGCUCGCCUGGCCGCUGGGUUGAGCGCACUCGUGCAAGCAGAAGCAAAGAAUACCAACAACAGGCUACCUAAUAAAACCCUUACGCAAGAAGGGCCAAAUGAUUCCUGGGCUUGGAUGCCCGUGUGCAAGGCCUUGAUUCCAAGCGGCACAUAUGCGUACCACCCCGUUGACAGUCCCGACACCGUCGACUGCAAUGCCGUUGUGGAUAAGUGGAAGGGCGCUUAUACCAACUUUGAUGGAUUGCCUCCAUCUAAGAAGGAAGGAGAGAAACUGUACCAAAACCAGGACAACGUGUCUUUCGUGGCCCUGUACAACCCUUCAAAGGACGCUACUGCAGACUGCCGUGUCGUCACCUGCACGAAGACGACGCCUGCAGCGGAACGUUUCAAAGCGACGAGAACCACCGGAGGAGAGACAGAAGAAGGCUCUGCUUUGAUUUGCAUGACCGUGCCGGAUGUGCUUCCCGAGGAAGGAGAAAAUGCCCCUUUCACAGAGGAGCAGUGGGGACAGAUCGUGACCGCCAUCGAAGGGUCUGCCUCCGCCACUGCGCCCGGUGUGGUCGGUCUUGCAUUAGCGCUCCUUGGCCUCAGCAUGCUGUGA